GCUCAGCCCACAAAGAGAAAUAGUAUUGGAGAAGCAGGGCAGCGUGGCAGAGGUGCAGAUGAAAAGAGACUAGAGAAAAUACUUCUUCAAGCUCUGAUAUACAACUAGCAGACCUCCAAAAUAAAAAUGAAUGGACAGAAGCAGUGGACGCGGGUGGCCGUGAUGGCACUUCUGGUGCUAACAGUGAUGGCAGCUGAAGGCGGCAAAGCAGAAAAACAAGGCAAGAAGGAGCGCAAGUCAGACUGUGGGGACUGGCAGUGGAGUGUGUGUGUAGCCAACGAAGGUGACUGUGGACUCGGCACCAGGGAGGGAACACGCACCGGAACCGACUGCAAGCAGACCAUCAAGACCCAACGCUGCAAGAUCCCCUGCAACUGGAAGAAGAAGUUUGGAGGGGAAUGCAAGUACGACUUCCAGGCUUGGGGGGAGUGCGAUCUGGCGACGGGCAAGAAGAAUAGGACGGGCGUGCUGAAGCGAGCGCUCAUGGAUGCGACCUGCGCCGCCACUGUCACAGCCACCAAGCCCUGUGGGAAAAUCCCCAAGACUAAGCUGCAAGAUGCAAAGAAGCAAAAGAAGGAAGGCAAGAAGCGCGAUCGCACCCAAAUGGACUGAAGAGGUUGUUUGUCCCCGAGAGGAAGGAAGAAGAGGGUGAAAGGACGUCCACUGCCCUAUUUCAACACGGUUCCUCUUUAUGUGUCCUGUAGGUUGACAGUAGGAGCCUAUAGAGCUUUGACAAAACCAGUGGAAACAUGACUUUUAGUGACAACAUGUUUUCCUUUUUCUUCUUUCUAGCACCUGAUAAGAAACAACUUGUAUGUUGCGAUAGGAGAUGUAAUAGUCAGCGGUAGGGAUGAAUAAUGAAUAUGGAAGAGAUUUGUUUACUAGUCUUUUUACCUAAUGAUGUCAUUUUUAGGAUAUUUUUCUUACAAACAAAUUGGAUAGGAUUUGUUUUUACAGCUGCAUAGCCUAACUCUAAUUUGGAAAGCUUUUCGGGUCCAUGCCUCGACUUAAUGAAGCAGUCCGUUUAAAGUGAAGCUCUGAACGUUUUCACUUAAUUAAUUUGUCCAAAAAAAAAAAAAGCAUUUGCAAUCUUUCAAGUGUCUCAAGUUAAUGGUAAUGCUUCUCCCCAUUACUCUAUGCUUUAUGAUAUUUUUCUUCCAUUUCCAGUAAGAAUAAGCAUAAUAGUUCUGUCUGGAGGCUGCAUGAUUAGCAUAUGUACAAGAAUGCAAACUACUACUGUUUAUAGUGUGUUUUCCUCCUGCUGCUCUGUUGUACCUCAAUUUAUACCCUCUGAUUUUUACUCUCCAGCUCUUGGCUAUAAAAAAAUAUAAAAGUUCUCCCUAUUGUAGUCCUCAGUUGGAGUUAACAUUCCCUUUGUUUCCUGUUUCCAAAAAUAAAAAUGAUUAAAAAAUA